AUGGUAUCUAUAGAAGUUUAUAGAGAGGCAAUAAGGACUGUGAUAGAGUAUGUUUCAACAAAGUAUGGUCCGGAAGAAGAAACUGUAAUUAAUAUGAUAUUGGAGGCAAAAGGGAUACCAGGUAUUUUUAGAGGUCAUGGUGUUGUGUUAGAAAAACCUAUGGAUUAUGAUUCGGGAAUAUCACAAGUUGAUUCAAAUAAUAACUGUAAUGUUGGGUUAAAUGUUUCGAAUAUGAUUCAACAAAUGCAACAAAUACAGUCAAUGCCACAGAUCCAACCUUUAAUUCAACAUCCAAUAAUACAACCUCCAAUUCCACCAGAAAUCCAGUCCUUAAUACAACCAGGUAUUCAAAAGUCAACAAUUCAGUCUCCAAUUAUGGCCCAACCAUUUAUUCAGCAGUCAAUUAUUCAACAACCAAUGCAUUCUUUAACAAAUGGAAUUGUUGCAUCAUCUUCCACCACUAUCAAUACUAAUACUACAUCUGCUCCAAUUUCUUCUCAAAACCAUCAUCUAGAGCAGCCAACUUCAACAUUAUUAACAAACUCAAUGACUCCAUUAACAUUGAAUAUUCAGGUUGAAAAUUCCAGAGAUGAAGCAACUGUUGCCACUAUUUCUUCAUCUGCUAUAUGUGACUCACCUUCAUUUUCCCCAUCCUCUUAUUCUGCUUAUCCAAUAGAAGCAUCUGUAUCUACUGGUAAUCCAACAACAGCUACAAUAACAACUACUACAACUACUACAACUACUACUACCACUACUAAUACUAAUACUAAUAUUGAUACUAAUAUUGAUACUACAAUCAAUACUAAUUUAGAUACUACUAAUAAAAUUAAUGGAGAGAUCUCAAUUACCAGUGAAAAUGAAAAAGAUAAUAGCAGAACUAAUAUGACGAAUGUUCAACAUGAUACAACAACAUCUACGAACAAUUUAGGAUAUUUAGGACAAUUAAAGGAGAAUUCAAGUAAUAAUAUAAAAUAUCAAGUAAAUACUGAAAAAAAUACCGAAGAGAUGAAUGUUUUAGAAGAAUGCAAGAAUCAAAGUGAAAAAGAGGAUGAUAUCGAAGAUAUAGGUGAAAAGAUAAGAACUCUACUUAGAAUGGCAACUAAUGCAAAUGAAUUAAAUCAAGCAAUUAAAAUGGCAUACUCUGCUGGUCUUACAUAUGAAGCAGGUCUUGGAGAGAGAAAGUUAAAAAAGUUACUUUGUUAA